ACAUGAGUGUAUAGUUUCAUUGGACUCGUUUUACCAUGAAUAGUUCAUCUCUUAUAGUUUUAUGGUAUUAUUGAUUUUUUUAUUUCAAUUCAUCUCACACAGAACUCAGUGCAAGUGGAGUGCACCGACCCAAGAAACGAACAGAGCUGGUCACUGACCGUACCUAAACCGAUUCACUGUUUACAUCCCGUUUUACAUUUCGAACUGUCAAGGUAAAGCGUGGCGAUCUGUUAUUGUUAAGCUUGAGCGCACGAGAGAGCGUCGAUUGCAUGAAAGUUAAAGUACUUUUGCGAAAUAAGUGCCUUAAGGAAAUUAAACGUGGUGUUCGCGAAAAAAUAAUUGUUGAUACUUUUUUCCACAAAAAUGUCAAGAAUGAGCCAUACCGGAACGGGAUCGAACAAAGUCGAACUUGAAUUUCUGUUCUCAAACAAAGAAGGAUCUGCCAGUGAACACAGUAUCUCGAGCAUGGUAUCCAGUAUUUCUGUAUCGCAAGAUGAAAAUUUUCGCGUGUCAAAACACGCGGAAAAUAGUUUCAAAGUUAUGGAAAAGUAUUUACACGAACAACAAUUGACAGAUGUCAUAUUAAUUGCAGGAAAAAGACGUUUCCCUGCACAUCGUUUAGUACUUAGUGCAAGUUCAGAAUAUUUUGCUGCCAUGUUUACUAGUUCUUUGAGAGAAUCUACACAGAAUGAAGUUGAAUUAACGGGUGUAGAUGGAGACGCAUUAUGGACUUUGGUUUGUUACUGUUAUACAGGUUGCAUAGAAUUAAGGGAAGACAGUGUAGAGACUCUUCUAGCAACAGCGUGUUUGUUGCAACUAAAUCCAGUUGUUAAAGCUUGUUGUCAGUUUCUCAGAAAACAACUUCAUCCAAGUAAUUGUUUAGGGAUAAGAAUGUUUGCCGAUACACAGGGUUGUUUAGAUUUAUUGGAACAUGCUAAUGCAUACACAACUAAACAUUUCAUGGAAGUUACAAAAAAUCAAGAAUUUUUAUUAUUGUCUGCCAACGAGGUUGCUAAACUUUUGGAAUCUGAAGAUCUGAAUGUUCCUUCAGAAGAAAUCAUUUUUCAUGCACUGAUGACGUGGCUAGAACAUGAUCCAGAAAAUAGAAAAAAGGAUGCAAGCAAGUUAUUAAGUCUUGUGAAAUUGCCUUUAUUGUCUCCUGCAUUUAUAGCAGAUAAUAUUGAAAGUAAUGAAAUGUUCAAAGAUCAAAGAGUGGCACAGGAGUUAGUUAUGGAAGCAUUAAAAUAUCAUCUUUUACCUGAGCGUAGACCAUUACUUCAAUCAGGCCGUACAAAGCCCAGGAAAGCUACAGUGGGUCAUAUGUUAGCUGUAGGAGGAAUGGAUGCUAAUAAAGGUGCUACUUCAAUAGAUGCAUUUUCUUUACGUGAUAAUGCUUGGAAAUCUAUUGCUACGAUGAAUAGUAAAAGACUACAAUUUGGUGCUGCUGUUGUUGAUAGAAAGUUAAUAGUUGCUGGUGGAAGAGAUGGAUUGAAAACAUUAAAUACUGUUGAAUGUUUCGAUUUCUCGACUUUAACUUGUAGUACACUAUCGCCUAUGAAUAUACAUAGGCAUGGAUUAGGGGUUGCUGUAUUAGGUGGACCUUUAUAUGCAGUGGGUGGUCAUGAUGGUUGGAGUUUUCUUGAUACUGUUGAAAGAUGGGAUCCAGCUACACGUCAGUGGAGUUCGGUUUCUGCUAUGUCUAUACAAAGAUCGACAGUUGGUGUUGCUGUAUUGAAUGAUAAAUUAUAUGCUGUAGGUGGAAGGGAUAUAAGUUCAUGUUUAAAUACUGUGGAAUGUUAUGACCCUCAUACGAAUAAAUGGAUACCGUGUGCUCCAAUGUCAAAACGACGAGGUGGUGUGGGCGUAGGUGUGGUAAACGGAUGUCUUUAUGCAUUAGGUGGUCAUGAUGCACCUUCUAGCAAUCCUAAUGCUAGCAGAUUUGAUUGCGUUGAAAGAUAUGAUCCUAAAACAGAUACAUGGACUAUGGUAGCACCAAUGAGUGUGCCAAGAGAUGCAGUUGGUGUUUGUGUGCUCGGUGAUCGACUUAUGGCUGUAGGAGGUUACGAUGGUCAACAGUAUCUUACACUUGUCGAAGCGUAUGAUCCACAUCUUAAUGAAUGGGAACCAGUUGCACCCUUAAGUACUGGUCGUGCUGGAGUUCCGUGCGUUGUUUUAAAAAAUUUAACUGGUUUUGGAUUUGAUUAAUGCCAAAAUUCUGCACACGCUCAAACACGAAAUCUCGAAAACAAAUUGAAGUAUUUUAGCU